AUGUUUUUUUUUGCUAUUCGUUUUCUUUAUUGCUUUAGAUUGUUUACUAAAAUAUAUUUCUCUCCUCCUCCUCCUUUUCACCCCACCCUCUACAUCUCCCUCAAAUCCUCCUUCUUUCCUUCUAUCGCUUUGUUCUCUCUCCCUUCUUUCACUAUUACCCUCUCACCUCCUCUCCCUCUUUCCACCUCUCUCCACAUUUCCUUCUCCCUCCAGCUUUCCGCCCACUCCCCAUCUUUCUCCUCUCUUCUUUUUUCCCUCUCUCACCUUCCUUUCCAGUUUAUCCCUCUUUCCCUCUAUCUCUCUCUGCUUUCUCCCGCCCCCUCUCUCACUAUUUUCCUUUCUCACCCUCCAUCUCUCCUUUCAUUGUCUCUAACCUCUUUCCCUCUCUCCCAAACUUUCCGUCUUUCCUUAUCUCUCCCUUUUCGCUUUCUCUCCUUCUUUCCCUCUUUAUCCUUCUUUUUCUCUCUCUGUUUUCUCUCCCCCGAAUCCCUAUUGUCCUCUCUCUCCUUCCUUCCUUCGCUCUCUUUACAUCUUUCCGUUUCUCUCCAUCUUUCCUUCUCUUUCCCUUUUCCCUCUCUAUUCUUAUUUUCCUGUUUAUCUAUCUUUCACGUUCUCUACCUCUUUCUCUUCCUACCUUUUCUUUUAUCCAUCAAAUCUAUCUACCGAUCAUAA